AAAACUUGAAGUCAGACUUGCCCGUGAAAAAUUAUUCGUGUGUUAGGCUGUUAAAUUACAGAGGAUAUAUACCAGGAUGGACGACGAGAGUGAUCAGGACAGUGUCAUCGAGGAGGAUUACUAUGCAUUUCUCAAUGUCCCGAGAAACGCCACUCCUGAUGAAAUUCAUCAGGCCUUCCGGAGGCAUAGCAGACUCUACCAUCCGGACAAGCACAUUGACCCAGUCCUCAAAAAGAAAGCUGAGGUGUUAUUCAGCCGAACGAACAAAGCUUAUGAAGUUCUUAAAGAUCCCCAUCAGCGAGCGAUUUAUGACUCCCUCGGCGUCAAAGGCCUCGAGACAAAAGGAUGGGAGAUCGUCCAGAGGACCCAGACGCCCCAAGAAAUCCGGGAAGAAUACGAGAGGAUAGCGAGGGAGAGGGAGCAGAAGAGGCUGGAGCAACGAACGAAUCCCACCGGGAACAUCACAGUCCACGUGAACGCCACAGAUCUCUUCAACAAAUACGAUGACGACUAUGAGAGUGACGCCCUGUUCGGAGGUGUCGAGAUCACAGGAAUGACCUUUGAGCAGUCCAUCGAGGCUCCUCUGACCCUUCGUGAUAAAUUAAUUUUGUAUGGAAUGUUGGACACUCAGAAUGGAGUUGGAGUUGGGACGAUUAAUGUCGCAGCCAGGAGAGCAAUGUCUGCUAAAAAUUAUUUGGAGCUCGAUGUUGGGGGUGGGAAUGGACCAACUGUCACUCUUAAAGGGUAUCACGCACUUACGGAUAGAGUAUUCACUACUGGAGCUCUUUCGCUGCAAUUCAGUCCGGAAAAAGCUCAAUUAGGAAUGGCUUCAACUCUCGGGAUGCAGUUGGACAAACAUACUGUUGGGUAUUUGACUUACAAGACCGGAUACAACGGGGCCAUGUCCACGAGAGUUGUCAGGAACACCGAGAGAUCGUUCACUUCGUUCUCGAUUCAGUUUGGAUCUCUUAAUUCUUAUGCUAGUCUCAGCUACACGUAUAAAAUGCCAGAGAAGAAGAUGAAGUUGCGAGGGGCAUUGAGAGUUGGCACUAACGGAUACUUCGUGGAGUAUGGUGCAGAGAAGAGGGUAUCGAAGCACAGUUUCCUCUCAGCAGCAGUGCGUGUUGGUGUUCCCUCAGGUGUUUCCUUAAGAUUAAAAUUGAUGCGUGCAUCUCAAACGUACCUGCUCCCCAUCAGUCUGUGUGAGGACGUGUUACCAGCUCCAGUAUUCUACGCAACAGUAGCUCCCCUCUUAACGUGGACGAUAGUGAAAAAAUUGAUUGUCGAUCCAGUGGUGAAGGAGCAGAGGGAGCGCGAGAGGGAGAAGCAGAAGGAGUUGAAUAAGGCGAGGAUGCUGGAGAAGCAGAGGGAGGCCAAGGCUGCUGUGGACUUGAUGAUGGCGACCUUCAGCAGAAUUCGUGCCGAGGAGGAGGCCAAAGGGGGUCUCGUCAUCACUAAAGCACUUUAUGGACGAUUUGUUUAUCCUGACAGGAGAAACAGGGAGGAGGAGAUUGGGAGCGAUCCUAAGGAGGAUGUUAUUGAUGUCACAGUGCCACUGCAGUGUCUCGUUGUUAAUUCAAGGCUGGUCCUUCAUGAAGCAUCCAAGAGUGAACUGCCAGGAUUUUAUGACCCUUGCUUCGGAGAAGACAAACAAUUGCUCCUUCAGUAUCUCUUCCACAGACAGACACACGAGUGUCUAGUGAAGGACCUCGAGCCGCUCAGGAUACCUGUGCAAUAAACAUUUUUUUACAGCCCACCGUGUAAAUACCACAUGACAAAAGCGUCAGCCGAGGGCGAAGCAACUGCAAAAAUAAUUUCCAGGAGAUUUACUUCGCUAUUAUGAAUGCAAUCACAAACUGAUUCGACAGCACUAUGAAAUAUUGAUCGAAUAAUUUCAUGAGAACUGUUAACACUUUCUAGUGAUGGACACGAGUUGAUUAAUUGUAUUUUUGUGGAUAAAGAAAUGAUAGAUUGUUGACGAAUUGACAAAUAUUUUCGUCUUGAAAUACGUCCUGAAAUGGUAAAAUCUAGUAUCAAAUUCGACAAUUCUGUUCAUUGUCUAUUUAUCUCGAAAAUGAGUUACUCUAUGCAAAAAUGUCGGGAGACCUUUUUUGUAGGUGAAAGAAUUUCCAACAGAAAAUGUCUCUUGACAUCCUGCCAAAGCCAGUUACUAUUGGACUAUUACCAAAGACGCACAUUUCGCACAUUGGUGAUGACGCCGUGCGUGGGGAGAAAAUCUUACACUACAAAAGCCAUGACAAAAAUUUUGCUGUCGCCCUUAGAUUUCGAAAUAUUCAUUGAAAACUGGCCAAUAGUCAAAAUCGA